CCUGCUGAAGCAAUUACUCAGCAAAGGAGUGCCCAGAUCUCGCAGGUACAGUUCUGAUAGAGGCAGGGCCUCGUGGACUAUGGCUCUCUUGUCCCAGGGGAGACCAGGCAGCCUGCAGACCCAGGUGAUGGAGGAAGAAUUCCAGUUCCUGCUCUGCCAGGGAUGCCGGAAAGAACCCAGAAAUCCUAAGCUCCUGUCCUGCCUUCACACCUUGUGCGCCAACUGCCUGGAAGAGAACAAGCCUGUUGGCCAGUGCCCCAUCUGCCGCGCUCCCAUCCCACAAGCCAGUGGGAUCCCAGACCAGGACAACCUGCUCUUUGCCAAUCUGCAGGCCAAGCUGAGCACCUACCAGAAGAUCGUCAAAGGCAAUGACCUGGUCUGUGACAACUGUGGGCAAGAGGGAGAGUUCUGGUGCUCUGACUGCGAGGAGUUCCUUUGUGUCAAGUGCUUUGAGACCCACCAGAGGUAUCUAAAGCGAGAGAGCCAUGAGGCCAAGGCGGUGAGGGAUCUCAAGGUGGGAUCUGCCAGGGAGUUUCUUGUUGGUUCCAGGAAGCUCAGUAACUUGUCCUGUCCCAGUCCAACCCAUGCAAACCAGAUGCUGAGCAUCUAUUGCAGAGAGUGCCAAAAACCGAUCUGCUGCAUCUGUGCCCUGCUGGACAGCCGGCACACAGGCAAGCACUGUGAUAUCAAGGUGGAAAUCCAGCAGAGGCAGCAGGAGCUGGGAAGCAUGAGGGAAGAGCUGAAGAAGAAGGAGGAACUCUUCCAAGACGCCUAUUGUAAUCUGAAGAGCAAAGCUGACCACCUGGACCAGGUGAGGAAUGAAACCCAGGAGCUGAUCCGAAAGAGAGUUGAGCAGAUGGUGCAGCUGAUCCGAGAGAAGGAGCAGGAGCUGCUGGAGAUGGUGGAGAGGCAGCACCACCUGGGGAACGAGGAGCUGGAGGGGAAGCUGCAGCAGACAGAAGCCGUGCUCAAGAGGAUGGGGGCCAGCAAGCAGCUGGUGGAGAAGAUGCAUCUCUAUGCGUUGGACCAGGAGGUGAUGGACCUGCACUCCUUCAUCAUGGGGUCACUGGAGGAGCUCAGGAAGCUGCAGCCCUUGGCCGUGGGAGCCAGUGUCCAGGCUGGAGGCUUCGCCAAGUGUAAAGCCAGACUCCAGGCUCUGUUUGAAAGAGUGACUGGGGAGAGAGAAGCUGCCCCAGAUAAUUCCAGCAAGGCCCCAUCGUUGUCUUUACCAGCGAAGAGGAAAGGAGUCCAAACUGAGGUCCCUGCGAAGGUGAUCAAGACUGAAGCUGAUGCAGGCAAAUGGGAGCAAUCAGCAAGGAAGCACCAGCAGAAUUUGCUGGAACAACCGGGGACCAGCUCCUCAACAGCAAGCAGCUCUUCAUGUGUGACUGAUAGGUUCAGUGCAGCCAAAGUAGCUGACUUGCUGGAAAAUAACAUCUACGAACCAUGUGAGCCAGAUGAUCCCUGUUUGGACAGCUCUGAAGGGGAUGACAGUGAUGAAGAGUCAACAGACUCUAGUCGGCCAGACGACAUCAACAGCGUCAAUUGUGAGAGCAGCGAGGGAGAUCUCCUGGCCUUUCCUGCCGGCAGCCCAAAGGAACUCAACACGAGACAAGCAUCACUGCUCUUCUUUGACCUCAAGUUCUUGACAGCAAAUAAGGUCCUUCAGCUGGCUGUGGUGGAUGGAGAAAAGAGCUUUACCAUCUUGAUUCAGCCGCUGAAAUCUUUGCCUGGCUUGAUCUCAAAAGGUGGCGUCUGUGAGAUUGGUGUGAAGACCUUAUUCCGCUACCUCUGCUCUGUCCACAAACCCAUCUUAGCAGGGUAUGACCUCUGGUCACCAGCCCUUCCUGUCCUGUUUCAAUCCCUGGAUCUUCUUAGCAAGAAAGAGGAGUUUAGUGCAGCUGUCUUUGGUUUCCUGGACAUCUUGCCCCUGAUUAAAGAGAAGAUCCCCAAGGCUGGGAGUUACAAACUGAAGAACCUGGCCAACACUUACAUUUGGCGGCAGCUCAGUGAUGAUAGCCCCCUGGAUAAUGCAAAGGCCCUAAGGGAUCUGUGCACAGUUCUGGAGGUUGAUCCAGUGGAGGACCCAAGGCCUGUGCUCACCUGCUUUAAUCUGGAAUGUUAUGCGUCCCUUCAGCCAUUGCUGAAUGAGAAACUUCUCACUAAGCCUUCGGUGCAGAUGCUGUCCAUGCACAACAUGAGCCUUUCCAAGCUCCACACCUUAUACAUGAGGGACCCUGAGAAAGGGCUGCAGAAGUUCUGCAGAUUCUUCAAUUCUCGGCUGCCGAGCUCUGAGAAGAAAAUCCGAAAGCUAAGUAAGAUCAAAGCCCAUUUCCAAAGCCCACAGCCAUCAGCUGGGCACCAAGCAGCAGCAGCAAAUGAACUGCCACAAGCAAUAAAGAGUGAGCCAGACUACUGAAAUACAUCUACAGCUCAGACAAAUAUAUCUGUGUAUGGCACCUCAGGUAUGAGGCUGAGCAGCAACAUUCAGCUUUCAGGUCCAGACCACCAGAAUUCAAGAAGUUUAGAUUCACCAUUUUCAGUUUGGCACAUUAUCUAGAGCAGGGCCUGUUAAAAGCUCAUGUAAAGAUCUGAACUACGAAUUUCAGGGAUGCUUGGAUCAGCUGUUCUGAUGGGGGGGGGAGGGGCUCUCUCUCUCUCAUAUACAAAACUUUGUUAAGAUGAAGUGCUUAGGGUACUUGCCUAGGGAGACAUGGGUUCAAGACCCUGCUCCACCACAGAUCUCCUGUGUGACCUGGGGCAAGUCAUGUAGCCACUCUGCCUUAGUUUCUCAUCUGCACAAUAGGGAAAAUAGCCCUGCCCUGCCUUGCUAGAGUGUUAGGAGGCAGUGGUUAUAUCCUAUGGGACCAAAUAAGUACCCAAGAUAGACCGCAAUCAGGGUUGCAGGGCCAUAUCAGUGGCUUGAGGACAUACUGCCUGUCAGGAAUGUUAGAGUUAAAGUCCCUCAAGCAUUAAACCCCCCAAAGGUGCAGAAUUAAGGGUGCUGCUCUGAGCAGGACUCCUGGUAGUAAUAACACUGCAAUCUGACCAUACAUGGUUUCCCCCAGUGCUGCCAUCAAUGGAGUUGCACCAGUAGUUAUGGGACCUAAUUUUCUUAGUGCAGACAAGGCCUGUGUUACCUGAUGUAUCCAUUUUCUCCCUUCUGUUUGGUGUACGGCCCAGAUCCUCGAAAGUGUGUAGGCACAUAACUCCCAUUGAGAGUCAGGCACCUAAAUACCUUUGAGGAUCUGGACCUACAUGACCGGAGGGAGGACUCUGUCUAUCCAGCCAGCACUUCCUUGUAUUUAUUAUCACCAUCAGCCUGGAGAGUAAGCAACUUUUAUACAAUUAUAUGGACAAGAAUUGCCUAUGUGAUUGAUUCAGGGGGCUGGACUUGAUGACUUUUCACAGUCCCUUCCAGCCUUACAUGUCUAUGAUCGUGUCAGCAGCACGCAGGGCAAAGGGAAUUUUAAUUAUAAUAAAAUGAAAUGUCUUUGCUCCCCUCUAGAAGUGUGGCCUAGAUCCUCAAAGAUAUGGCACCUAACUCAUGUUGAUUUCAUGCAAGUUAGGAGCUUAAAUACCCUGGAGGAUCUGGACCACUGUCCUCUUUGCUUUUUUCUACUGACCCUGCACAUUUCCUGCUACUUUUCAAUGUAGAUUGCAAAUUCCUUGGGGCAGAGAAUCCAUUGUCAUUGAUGUUUGUAAAGGGCUAUGCACCUGUAUGUAAUCAUGUAAGUAAGAAAUAAAAUUCAUAAUUUGA